AUGCCAUACGUUGCUCCAGAGGUUCUACAAGGAAAACCUUUCUCACAAGCUGCUGAUAUUUAUAGUCUUGGCAUUAUUAUGACAGAGAUCGCGACUGGAAAAAGAGCAUUUGAUGGUAUACCUUUUGAUCUUAAACUUUCAGUAAAAAUUUGUCGAGGCGAAAGGCCAGAAUUUAAUGAAGGAAUUCCAGAAUGUUACAUUACAUUGGCUAAACGAUGCAUGGAUCCAGAUCCGAAAAAACGACCAAUAGCUACCAUCAUUGAUUCAAAAAUUGAUGUGGCCGAACUUAUUACUAAUUUGCCAGAAACCGAUCUUUAUAUAGAGUAUGCAAAUUCUACUGUAAACUCCACCUCGGACGGCGAAGGUGAUAUAACAAUAUCACUUGCAAAAUUAUCAUUUAGUAUUGAUAAUUUAAAUAAACAAUUACAUGACCAGGAUUUAAUUUUGCAAGCCGCUGGAAUAAGAGAUCUAGAGAUUGUAUUAAAUUCUGUUAAAGAAGGAAUUAAAUCUCUUAAUAUAUCUUUAGAUAGGUUACAAAUUGCUUCAGAUUUAUUACGAAAGGUUGUUCGAUUCUUUUAUCUAGUAAAAUGCUUAGAAAAUCAUUUAGUAGACAUUGGUAAAGAAUGUGAUAAAGGCAACGAGUGUAUUAAAGCUGCUUCAAGUAUUAGUGAAUUGGGUAAGCAGCUUUAUAUGGCUCUUUUAAAAGAUGUUGAUUUUGAGGGAAUUGAUCUUGUCCAAACUCAACUGCCCAAAGUUCGACAAUCAAAGAUAAAGAUUUCGGACGAAGCAUUUCGUUUGUUAAGUGAAGGAAUAGACAAUAAGAAAGAAGCUGACAUUACUCUUGGCCUUCAAAUAUUUUAUGAACUUAAUGAGAUGGGUGAGAGGGUAUCAAAAUAUGUGGAUGAUAUAUUUGCAAAAUUAUUGGAUCAAAUGAGAAAUGCUAUUGAUUCUGCUUCACUUCAAAAAGAGAUUAAAGGUUAA